AUGGCGCCCAUCGCCGUUUCGCCACCACAAUCACCCUCCACACAGCCCGUCGCCGAUGAGGCCUCACUACAGUCCUACCGCGGCUACCACCAUGUGCAUUGGUGGGUUGGCAACGCGAAGCAAGCCGCCUCCUACUACAUGAUGCGCAUGGGCUUCGAGCGCGUUGCAUACAAGGGCCUCGAGACCAAGUCGCGCGCCGUGGCCUCGCACGUCGUGCGCAACGGCGGCGUGACGUUCGUGCUCAGCAGCCCGCUGCGCAGCCUCGAGGCUAUCGAGAAAGGCUCGGAGUUCAGCGACGAGGAAAAGGCGCUAGUGCGGGAGAUGCACGCGCACAUGGAGAAGCACGGUGAUGCCGUCAAGGACGUCGCCUUCGAAGUCGACUCGGUCGACGGCGUGUACGAGUCCGCCAUCGCGGCCGGCGCCGUCGUCGUGCGCGCGCCGCACACGCAAUCCGCAGGAUCCGAUGGCGCCGUGCGCCUCGCCACCAUCCAGACGUACGGCGACACGACGCACACGCUUAUCCAGAAGCUCGACUACACCGGCACCUUCCUGCCGGGCUACCGCUCUGAGACGGCCGUCGACCCGGCCGCCCGCUUCUUGCCGCAGAUCGACCUUGAGGCCAUCGACCACUGCGUCGGGAACCAGGAUUGGGACGAGAUGGAGGGCGCGUGCGAGUACUACGAGCGCGUGCUGGGGUUCCAUCGGUUUUGGAGUGUUGAUGAUAAGGAUAUUUGCACCGAAUACUCCGCCCUCAAAUCCAUCGUCAUGUCCUCCCCCAACGACGUCGUCAAAAUGCCCAUCAACGAGCCGGCGCACGGCAAGAAGCAGUCGCAAAUCGAAGAAUACAUCGCCUUCAACUCGGGCGCCGGCGUCCAGCACAUCGCCCUGCGCACCACCGACAUCCUCGCCACCAUCACCAACCUGAAAGCCCGCGGCGUCGAGUUCAUCAAGGUCCCCGACACCUACUACGCCGCCAUGCGCGAACGGCUGGCCCGCACCGCGAAGGUCAACAGGUGGCAGCUGCAGGAGGAUUUUGAGAAGAUUCAGGAGUUGGAUAUUUUGAUUGACUUUGAUGAGGGUGGGUAUCUGCUGCAGCUUUUUACGAAGCAUUUGAUGGAUCGCCCGACGGUGUUUGUGGAGAUUAUUCAGAGGAGGAAUUUUGAGGGGUUUGGGGCGGGCAAUUUUAAGAGUCUGUUUGAGGCGAUUGAGAGGGAGCAGGAGUUGAGGGGGAAUUUGGUAUGA